CCUGCACGAACCGACUGCGGCGCUGGCGAUCCUGACUAUUCACGGCGUCUGCAACUGAAAUGUUGUCUCGUUACUCCUGGCGAUGCAGACUCUGAGCUAAAUGGUUCGUUUUGUGUCCGCUGUCAUCAUUCCUGAUAUCGUCUUGGUUCGGAACCAGAGUGCUCGGUGUUUGUUUCCGUGGGACGGCUUUCCCCGGACACCACCUGUUUAUGUGCAGACGCAUCUCGUCCCCUCACGGCGCCUCUGUCAGCGAUCCCACGUCUGCAAGUGUUUUCCUCGCUGGCCGCUAACUGCGGGAUUGCCAAUGUCGGCCUUUGAGGGGUGGAAAGGAUUUACUGAUUAAAAAUUGUGAUGGGGAGAGUCGAUCAUCGGAAGUGACGAAAGGCAGUUGUCUUCAAUAAUAUUGUAGCCAUGGAUAGGAGGUUGGAAAGUUUCCUUGUCCCUGUGACCUCUUCUGUAAAAAUUGGAAUUUUACUUCGUUGGACAUGUGUUUCGAAUCUUAAGUUCCUGUUGUAUGGCUGCUUUUGUCUGACCACAUUGAAUUCAUUUACUAGUGCAAGUACGGACAGCUGUAAGACAGUAGCAAGUCAUAGUGGGGUGUUUGUGGAAGUUGGACUGGAAAGCCCAUUUAUGGAACCAGUGGGGAAAACUGAUUCCAUUCACUCUUGUAGAGAUGCCUGCUGUCGGAAAUGCCACUGUAAUGCUGCAUGGCUGUUGGAGGGGAACUGCUAUCUUUUAGACUGCAGACCGCAAAGAAACUGUCAGCUAAACCGAACAGGCAGAUCUAACUCAAUUCUAAUGUUUAUUCAUAAACUUUCCCCUUGUGGUGAUAUGCACGGUCCUAUGCAAAGAAUUUUAAAAGAAGAUUUUCAUUAUAAAGUUGAGCCUAGGACUUCAGAUCUGACCACAAUUAACAGAACUUCAGGUAAAGGCACAUUGUCUGAAUAUUCAUUGGUAGCAAAGCAAAAUAAUAUAUUCUCCAGAAUAAGACGUGAGGCAUCCAUACCAUUUAAUAGUCCUGCAAAGUUGCUGCAAAGAAGUGGUGGUAGUCCCUCUGAUGGCAACAAGAAUUUAAAUCCGUCCGGGCACACAGAACAGAAGAGCAAGAAGCAUUUAAAACCACAACAGCAUUCAGGCAAAGAUCUGCGAACCUCUCAGAAAAGCCUUAAAGAAAAUGACACUGUGAAUGAUCAAUUUCCAAAACAUUCAGCACCCACUUCAAAUGGGAAAAACUUGAAGGAGAUACAGACUCUACCUCCUGAGGUCCCUGAAGGAACCUCUUUGCCAAACACUGCUUCUUUGGUUGUUCCUCCUAAUUCCAAUUUGUCAAGUCUAUCAGCCAAUCAGAAAUGGAUGCAAGUCAAUGCAACAAAUGACAGUAUGGUUGAGACACUGUUAGUUACCACCAUUCCAACUCCACUCCUGAACACGUUGUCAGCACAAGUGAAAACUACAGCGAUGGCACAAGAUGUAACUCCUCCUCCUCCUCCUCCUCCUACAUCCAACACUUCAAGUGUAACUAAUGUUUCAGAAAAACCAGUGAUGAAGGAAUUGGUUGUUUCUGCUGGAGACAGUGUGGAGAUCACUCUGCCAAAGAAUGAGGUUGAACUGAAUGCAUAUGUGUUACCAGAAACGUCUAAAGGAUCGAGCUAUAAAUAUGAUUGGCAACUAAGCACCCACCCACAGGACUAUAUGGGACAGAUGGAGGGCCAACACUCAAAGACUCUGAAACUUUCCAGUCUUUCAAUUGGUUUCUACAUGUUUAAAGUAAUUGUUCAAGGGGACAAUGCAUAUGGAGAAGGAUCAGUGAAUGUUACUGUCAAACCAGCACCUCGUGUCAACCAAUUUCCAGUUGCUAUUGUAUCUCCAAAAUUCCAAGAGAUCUCACUGCCUACAACAUCUACUUUUAUUGAUGGAAGCCAAAGUACUGAUGAUGAUAAAAUUGUAAGUUACCAAUGGGAGGAGGAGAAGGGUCCUUUGCGAGAAGAGAAAGUAUCUGCAAGCACACCGAUCCUGAAACUGAUUAACUUGGUGCCAGGCAAUUACACAUUCAGUCUGACAGUGGUGGAUUCUGAUGGUGCCAGUAACUCAACCACAGCAGUUGUCACUGUGCAUAAAGCAGUAGACUAUCCACCUGUAGCCAAUGCUGGUGCAAAUCAAGUCCUUACACUACCCAAGAACUCCAUCAUGCUGUAUGGCAACCAAAGCACAGAUGACCAUGGAAUCGUCAGCUAUGAAUGGUCCCUAAGCCCAAAGAGUAAAGGCAAAGUUGUUGAAAUGCAGGGUGUACGAACAUCAUCUCUCCAACUGUCAGCAAUGCAGGAAGGUGACUACAUCUUUCAACUUACAGUCACAGAUUCAGCAGGGCACCAGGCCACUGCUGAGGUGAUGGUCAUAGUGCAACCAGAAAAUAAUAAACCUCCGGUGGCUGAUUCUGGACCUGAUAAAGAGCUGACCCUUCCUGUGGACAGCACGAUAUUGGAUGGCAGCAAAAGCACAGAUGAUCAGAAAAUUACAUCUUACCUGUGGGAAAAAACAAGUGGCCCUGACGGUGUGAAAAUCGAGAAUGCAAACAGUGCCAUUGCCACAGUAACAGGUCUUCAGGUUGGGUCAUAUGAGAUUACACUGACGGUGAAGGAUGAACGAAACCUGGAAAGCCAUGAUUCUGUUAGAAUCAUUGUGAGAGAGGAAGUCAAUAAGGCUCCAGUUGCUAAGAUAGCAGGCAAUGUUGUGAUCACCCUCCCUAAUAACACAGCUAUGCUUGAUGGAUCAAAAUCAUCCGAUGAUAAGGGAAUUGUCAGCUACCUUUGGACAAGAGAUGAGAGCAGUCCAGCAGCUGGAGAUGUGCUAAAUAACUCUGAUCACCAGCCUGUGCUUUUCCUGUCCAAUUUGGUUGAAGGAUUAUAUACAUUUUGUCUCAAAGUAACUGAUGCAAAGGGAGAAAAUCAUAUCGACAGGGCAACAUUAGAAGUGAAAUCUGAUCCUCGAAAGAAUGAUCUAGUAGAAAUUAUCCUGGAUGUCAGUGUCAGUCGGUUAACCGAGAGACAAAAGGGCAUGUUACUUCGGCAAAUAGCUGUCCUGCUUGGAGUCCUUGAUUCGGACAUUACUGUGCAAAAAAUUCAACCUUACACUGAACAGAGUACACAGAUUAUCUUUUGCGUGAGGAAUACACAAGCACAUCAGAUACUGAAGGGACAGGAUGUUGCUCGGAUACUGAAGAAUAAAUUUCGGAAACAGAAAUCAGACUUCUUAGUUUUCCGGGCUCUCCAAGUUAAUACAGUCAUCUGUCAGUUGAGUUGUUCAGACCAUGGUCGGUGUGAUUCUUUCAAUAAACGUUGUCUCUGUGAUCCAUUCUGGAUGGAGAACUUCAUUCGAGUUCAAUUGGGAGAUGGAGAAAGCAACUGUGAGUGGAGCGUGCUCUACGUUGUCAUAGCUGCAUUUGUCAUAUUGGUUGCCAUUGGAAUUUUAGUUUGGAUGGUCCUGUGCUUCUGUAAAAGGCGUAAAGGAAAACCUAGAAGGAAGAGCAGAUAUAAAAUACUAGAUGCUACAGAUGAUCAUGAAAGUCUGGAAUUGAAGUCUAACUCCAAGCCAGUUGGCAGGCUGAAAGCUCCAGCACAGAACACCAGCCUAAUGGUUUCAGAAUCUGAACUUGACAGUGAUGAAGCGAUCUUCACCUGGCCAGACAGAGAGAAAGGGAAAUUACUGCGAAACCAGAAUGGAUCAAUCCAUAAUGGCCAAAUUGUUGAAAAAACUAAGAAACAAAGGGAAGAAAUCCUAUAAGUGAAAUCUAGCCACCAGACUUGUAGAAGCUAUAGAGCUAGGAUAGAAGCUGUCUCCCAGUAUUAUCUCUGCUCAGUAAAAUGAAGAUUGACCUGAAGCAAUAGUGACUACUAUGCUGCAUGCAGUGUGUCAACCAUACCUGCAAAAUGAGUCAGUUCAGCAUUUAAAUGCUUCAACUGCUCAUCUUGUUUGAGAUUAACAGAAUCUGAUUUCUCAAUUGAAGGUGAGAAAAAGACUUGGGAGAGAUAUAAAUUGGCCAGAAACUGUGGCUGCACUCGAUACUUCAGCAAUUAACAAUCUGCAGGUUUGUGGUUUUGAUGCUCUCUUUCCAGUGAGACAUCUACUGGAAAUCUAUUGCACUGCAGCUUAAAAUUUUAAAGCCAAAAAUGUGAUGUGGGAACACACUGGAUGUCUUGUGAACUUUAAUCAUUACCCAACGCUUGGAUAUGACCACUUCCUUCAGUUCAGCAAUUGGAUAAAUAUGCUGAAGUCCAUGGAAAACUGAAUACUGUGAUGCUAAGCAUUGUCCUGUGAUUCUGGAAAUUUUAGUAUGAACUUCUACCAUUCUCUUUUUAAAGACUUGUAAUGCAGGUGAAGACAAAGGGAUUUAUUGUCUUCACUUGUUUUAGUGAGUUGACUGCAAUGCAGAAGUGGCAAUGACCCUGGGUUGUUUUAGGUUUGUAAAAAUAAUUAUCACUACUGUAUUUUUCUGUUAAUAUUGGGAAUGUGUUGGUUUUAUUAGUGUGAAGUGUUGACAGGGUGUUCUUAAUUUAUUCUUAAAUGGGAAGGCACUAAUUUGCAAUGUUUAUUCCCUUCCAAUGAAUGUAGGUCUGUGUUUGCUGCUCACUUGUUUCUCCAUUUUCAAAAAAAAUUGUCUUCCUUUUAAAUACACUGGCACUUGGGCUUCACAUCUUGAUACCGGUGAACGAUCCAAUUGAUGGUCAUUUAAAAUGACAAAGGAAUAAUGUAAUGACCAAGGCAUGAGUAACAGUCCCCUAUUUAGUGCCUUCCAGGAAUAGAAAUAUUAUUUAACUGUCUUUUGAAAUAUAUCUGUUGUACACCAGCAAAACAAAUGCUGUGCUACUGAUAAUUAAAUAAAGAAAGGUUUUGAAGGAACUAUGUACCUUAAUUUAAAAAGGUAAAAAGUUGGAAACUUUAAUUAC